CCCGUUGUUCGUUAUCCUUAGGACACUUUCGAAAUUCAUAAACACAACAGCAACGCCUCAGGGGGAGAUUUUCAUCUGUCAAUACUAUACAUAUUUACUAUUUAAAGCUUACACGUGCAUGAUUACGUCACAUGCGUCCGCACUAUAUUCUCGAGUGAUUGCGAAAAGAGACGAGUGAUUGACAGCUGCUUGUUGAUAGUCGUCGAAAGUUCAUAAUCACACCGCAGUCAGAUCUCAGACUACUGUCACCAUACCGGUUUAAGACGGAGAACUAGUUGUUCACAGAGAAGUGAAAUGAGUGCAACUGUGUUAUUGAACAGACUGAAACCAGCUAUUAGCGUCACGCUCCGGUCGUGCAGCCGCAGAAUCUCCCGCAUUGAUCCGCCGUUCAUCGAUCACGGAAGUCCCGUAUUCACUCACAGCCGAUUCUACAACGGACUGAUGGGGACUCAAGCACUGCUGUUCAGACAGUUGUUUGAAGCUGAAAGCAGCACGUACACUUACCUGCUGGCCGAUACAGACACCAGAGAGGCCGUACUCAUCGAUCCUGUACUGGAAACAGUGGACAGAGACCUGAAGCUCAUCAAUGAACUGGGCCUUACACUUACAGUGGCUGCAAAUACUCACUGUCAUGCGGAUCACAUCACUGGCACUGGACUGCUGAAGAAGAAGGUGUUUGGAUUAAAGAGUGCCAUUUCCAAACACAGUGGAGCCACUGCAGACAUACUGCUCUCUGACGGAGACCAAAUCGCUUUUGGAAAACAUUGUCUGACGGUGCGCGAGACUCCGGGACACACGGAUGGAUGUGUAACGUAUGUCACUGGAGAUCACUGUAUGGCGUUCACUGGUGACGCGCUCCUCAUACGGGGCUGCGGACGAACGGACUUUCAGCAAGGUUGUCCAAAGAGAUUGUACGAGUCUGUUCAUAAGAGGAUUUUCACGCUACCUGGGCAUUGUUUCAUCUACCCCGCACAUGACUACAAGGGUCAGACAGUGUCCACUGUCGAUGAGGAGAAGAAGUUUAACCCUCGUCUGACCAAAACAGUGGAUGAGUUUGUGAACAUCAUGAACAAUCUGAAUCUACCCAAACCCCAAAAAAUAGAUAUAUCAGUGCCUGCAAACUUGGUGUGUGGACUUCAUGAUGUUUGAACAUUAUAAAGAAAUCCAGUGAGACAAGCAUGCAUUUUUUUUAAGAAGUCGAAUGUACUUUUAUGUUGCAUAACCUAUAUAGCCACGGACAUUGCGUUCAAACUACAUGCAGUGGUUGUAAUUGUGUUAAUAAACCCUUUUUAAUCAGGGUAAGUUGAAAAGAAUGACAGUAUAACUGAAAUAUCAAACUGUACUGUUUUAGCUCUACUUUCUAUUAAUUGUUGGCCACUUUUACAUGAAAAUAUGCCUUAAUAUCAUACUUGCAAUAUAUCAGGCAAAAUAUUGCAUGGUUUGUUGUAGACACAUGCUUCAUCAGAAAAUGCUUAAAUGCUUUAGAUAAUCAUAAGUGCAAACAAAAUGGUACUUGCGUAAUUUGCAGUGUUAACUUUUAUUAUAUGUAAUGUUAUGACAGAUUUUGUGAGAGAAUUAUGAAAAUAUAAUUAAUAAAUAUGUUUGGUCGAACCACA